GGUAUUUUAUUUGGGAUAUCCAAUGGGUUUGGGCUCUCAUCAACCUCUCUCCUUUUCAACUAAUCGUAUUGUGAUUUUUUUAAUAAUCCUAUUAUGUUGGGCCAAGGGUAUCGAUCAGUUCCGGUUUGGGACUCCAAACAGGGUUCAUCAACUCCCCUGGACGGUGAGACCAUUUUCUGAUAAACCCAAAACCUCAGUUCUUCCGUUUUCUCAAGACACAAAGAUUACAAGUCAUUUUUAUUCCUUCUACAAUUUCUCUGAUAAAACCCCAGAAAACACCAUGAUCCAAAUCGCAAAAAACCCAAAAAAGCCUGUAACAACACUUGGUCACCAACUCCUACAACGCUGCACCGUCAGCGGAACCGCCAAAGGCAAAUCUAAACUCAAAGCCGGCCAGCCUUUAAAACGCUCCAAAAUCUCCACUAAGAAAGGCAAAGGCGGCGCUCCUAUCGACGAUUCCCUCUCGAAAGGUGGCCGUAUCCCCGAUGAAAAGCAAAGACUUUACGACCAAUGCCUCAAUGCACCCACGCCGGUCCGUCACCUCUCACCGAAAGAGCGAGCCCGGGAAGCCGAACGGGAAAAAUUGGGAUUAAUAAGCAAAGAAAGGCAACGGGAAAUGGAGAUUUUGAAGAAGGGAGGAAGACAAACAAUGGGGGUUCCCGAUGAGCCUAUGAUAAUGGGAACACCUGGGCUUGAUUUGAUUACAUUGGGCCUUGUUGAUGCUGAUAAGAUACCCAAAUACGAGCUGACUGUGGAGGAUGGACGGAGAUUGGCUAAGGAGUAUAGUCGGGUUUUGAUGAGAAAGCAUAGGGCAAGGCAGGCGGCUGAGACUAAUUUGUUGAGAGUGAAAAGGGAGGCGAUUGAGGCUCUGCCUGAGAAACUUAAGCAGGCGGCUAUGGUACCGGAUUUGACCCCAUUUCCGGCUAAUCGGUUUAUGGCGACUUUGACUCCUCCUAUUGAAGGGUAUAUUGAGAAGGUUAGGGACGCGGCUAAGAAAAGUUCUGCGAAACAGAAGCUUAGGUGAAGUUCAGGUGCAAGGUAUCUUUUUUUCCUCUUUAAAGUGUUUUAAUUUUAAAAUUAUGAAUUGGGUUAUUGAUGAAUCGCGUGGCAUCGUGAGAGAAGAAUGCUUUUUGUGACUUUUUGAAUUAAAGAUGUUUAUUAGUUACUCUAUAGCUUUGUUUGGAACAUUGGUUUUGACAAUGUUCAAGGACAUAAGACAGGAGUUUACUUGAAAAAGUCCAUUGUUGGAUCACUAGUUCUUCAAUUGCCAAAUUCAGCAAUAUCGAUGAUCAAGUUAUGUUAUACAAAGAGUACUUCCUGCUAUGGCUGAUUUCUAAUGAGGGCAUCCUGUUUUUGGUCCUUACAAUCCACCAGGUUGGCAUGUUAAAAUUUUGUAGUAUUGGCAUUGAUCUGACUUCCAAUUUGAGAGAUUUUUUAACUUCUUUUUUAAUAUCCGUCAGACAUCUAGUUUAUUUGACAGUAAAAAUUUGAUGAAUAUAGUUAAUAAUCCAAAUAUUACACAUACAUUUCUUAGUCACAAAGUGUUUAUGAGCAAUGAUAUCUUUUGUGUAGAAUGAAUUGUUCAAGCAAGUAUGUCUGUCAUGGCAAGAUAUCUUGAAACUCUAUGUACUUGAUGCAUUAAUUGCUAGCUGGCUAGAACUUUCCUUUGUCAGCAGCCUUUGCAAUUUCACAAUGUCAUUAGUCUGAAGGAAUAGCAUUCCUACAAUUAGUGGAAAAUGAAUUAAUCAUUUUAAUAGAUUGAAAAUUGGUGUAAUUGCAGUUUAUGGUAACAUUUAUUUUUGAUUAAUGAUGCUUGAUAUCAUAUAGGAAAUUGACAUGCCAUCUGUGAUCUUUAUCAACAAAGAGAUGCCACCAAACUGUUGCGUUAAUGAUGUAAUAUGAAACUAUGAAUUUUAUACCUCAGUAGCUUUUGACUUUGCUGAUCUUAUGAAUAACUUCAGUAUAUUUGACCAUGUACUGGGUUGUUUGCUUGGUUUGCGAAGAGUCAAGACCGUCUGAUCUCAAAUUGAUCAAGGAAACUCCUAGGCCAAUAUACUGUAAUAGUGCAAUGUAUAGCUUUAUUUGGUUCUUCUCUACUUCUCUUUCAUUUUUUUAGUAUCAUUUUUAUUCUUCGGGAGAGCAAUUUUUUCUUGAAACAAAAUAUGGAGAGUAGCACACUUUAUCUAGCAAGAGAAGCUUUACAAAGAUGAUUAGAGAAGCGCUUAUUGGUAGAUGAAGUGAUAGAUUUUGCCUUAAAC